AUGGUUGUCGGUGCCUUUCCUGCGGCUAAGCUUGGUGUUCUUCUCCUUAAACAAAUUAGCAAACCCAUUGCAAAUUAUAUGAAGAACCAAGCCAAAAAGAGCCCCUUUUUCAGACAGUAUAUUUGCAUGCCUCCGGCUCAAUUGUACAACUGGUGGGAAGUCAAAGCAAAGAUGUGGUCUAUGGACUUAGGGAAACCAACAACAAUUCAACCUUUAAAUGAAGCAAUGGCCAUUGAACUAGGAGCAAAUCUUUUAGGUGAGGUCAUCCUUUUUGCAAUUGGCGCCGGUCUUUUGAUUUUAGAAUAUACCAGGCAAGUUCAGAAGGAGAAUAAAAAUCAAGAAACUAUGCUGCAGGAAAAAUUGGAGCUGAACCUAAAAUUGCAGGAAUUGCAAUUGCAGGCUGAGAGACAAGAUGCCCAAAUUCGUGAACUAAUGAGAAUCCUAGCUGAUGUCGAAUCACGAACGUGGCUACCCAAGAAACCAUUUAAAAAGUCAGAAACUUCUCCGAUUCUUAAGACCAUGGAGAACCGAAGAAAUCUCCGGGAAUUUGAAACAGAGAAUGUGAGAGGAAAAUGUUCCCAAUUGCCUCUUUAUCCAUCGAUUGUUCACAGAGCUCUAGAAUUGGUUGAAAAGGAAGUGUUUUCAGGAGACGAUAUUGAAGAUGAGGAGACUCAAAAGUUAGGACGAAUUUCCCAAGCUCUUGUCCAUUUGAGAUACCAAUAGCUAUAUCCAUGUCCCUUGUAAAAUGUUGUCCACCUGUAAGAGGUGACAUUAAAAAGUUUUUCUCGAA